AUGCAUGCCCCUCUGUGUCUUUUCCCUGCAGAAGACCCUUCCCGGGAUCCUCGGCUGCUGGGGGCGGAUUCCCGAGGCCGCGGCAGAAGGGAGCGGACUUCGUUUAGCAAGCAACAGGUGGAGGUUCUGAUUAGUUUUUAUGAAACGAACCGUUACCCGGGAUUUGAGCUGCGGGAGCACAUCUCAGCCCUGAUCAAAGUGUCCGAGGCCAGAGUGCAGGUCUGGUUUCAGAGCAGACGGGCCAGGGAUCCCCCGCAGAAGAAAGACGGAGCCUUCCCCCACGCUGCACGAGACAAGAACCCGCAGGGAGUCCGCUUCCAGGCCCAGCCAAGGGCGGAAAGAGCUUUAGCUCGGAGACGAGCCACCAGAAGCAAGACUCCUCUCCGUCCGCAAGAGCAGCAGCCCCAGGCGACCCUCCGGGAUCCGGAAGCCUCUUGGGAUACAGCCUCUUUCUCGCAGUGCAACCGGAGCUCUGCUUGCCCGGCGAAGAGCAGCCAGCCCGGUGUCUCGGAGGGGCCCGGAAUUCUUCCCGGACGGAACAAGCGGGCCAGCAGCAGAACGCAGGCAACGGGUCGGAUCCGCCUGAGAGCUGCGUGGAAGCCGGUCAGGCGUGGCCGCCUGGAAAUCCCGCUCCGGGAGGCCGGUUCUCCGUGCCCAGCAGCCAAGGCCGGGCCCCCUACAGUCCAGGCCGGGGAAUGCAAGGCUCCACCUGCAGGCUUCCGAGGCCACUUCUGGUGCAGCUCCACAGGGCAGUCCUGA